AUGCCCGGCCCAGUGGACACCGCAAAGUCCGUUGACGCCAAGAAGCGCAAGAGAAAGCACGCUGCUAAGACUACUGCUGACAGCGAAGAUGUCUCUAAGCCCGUCGAGACCAAGCCAGCAAAGAAGGCCCCGAAGUCCCCCAAGUCCAAGACCGAUAAGACAACCAAGAAGCGCAAAGUGAGCCACUCGGGCAGCGAAGACGACGAGAACGACGACGAGGUUGAGGUUGAGGAAGUUGAGGAGCAGGAGGAGGACAACGAGGCCGAGGAAAAGGACAAUGUUGUUUCUGAUCUUCCCACCAUGGGCGAAGUUUCCCUUCCCCAGACCGAGAGCACCACCCUGCAGAAGUUCACCGAGUUGAACCUGUCCGAGAAGACCAUGCAGGGUAUUAAUGACAUGGGUUUCGAGACCAUGACUGAGAUCCAACAGCGCACAAUUCCACCUCUUCUUGCUGGUCGUGACGUUUUGGGCGCUGCCAAGACUGGUUCCGGCAAGACUCUGUCUUUCUUGAUUCCUGCGAUUGAGAUGCUCAGUGCCUUGCGCUUCAAGCCCAGAAACGGUACUGGUGUUCUUGUUAUUUCACCCACCCGUGAACUGGCUCUCCAGAUCUUCGGUGUCGCACGUGAGCUUAUGGCCCACCACUCUCAGACCUACGGUAUCGUUAUUGGUGGUGCCAACCGCCGUGCUGAGGCUGAUAAGCUUGCCAAGGGUGUUAACCUGCUCAUUGCCACCCCCGGUCGCCUGCUUGAUCACCUCCAGAACACCCAGGGCUUCAUUUUCAAGAACCUGAAGACUUUGAUCAUCGAUGAGGCUGAUCGUAUUCUCGAAGUUGGUUUCGAAGAUGAGAUGCGUCAGAUCAUCAAGAUCUUGCCCAAGGAAGAACGUCAGACUAUGCUUUUCUCUGCUACCCAAACCACCAAGGUCGAUGACUUGGCCCGUAUAUCCUUGCGCCCUGGCCCAUUGUACAUCAACGUUGAUCACAGCAAGGAGCACAGUACCGUUGCGGGUUUGGAACAAGGAUAUGUGAUCUGUGAGGCUGAUCGCCGCUUCCUGCUUCUGUUCUCAUUCCUCAAGCGCAACCUGAAGAAGAAGAUUAUUGUCUUCUUUUCCAGCUGUAACUGUGUGAAGUACCAUGCCGAGCUUCUGAACUACAUCGAUCUUCCCGUCCUUGAGCUGCACGGAAAGCAGAAGCAACAAAAACGAACCAACACCUUCUUCGAGUUCUGUAACGCCACCCAGGGUACCCUCAUCUGCACCGAUGUUGCUGCUCGUGGACUUGAUAUUCCCGCUGUCGACUGGAUCAUUCAGUUCGACCCCCCAGACGACCCUCGUGACUACAUUCACCGUGUCGGACGAACUGCUCGUGGUGCCAACGGCAAGGGAAGGAGUCUCAUGUUCUUACAACCAUCGGAAGUUGGAUUUUUGAAGCACCUGAAGGAAGCUCGUGUUCCCGUGGUCGAGUUUGAGUUCCCGGCCUCGAAGAUUGUCAAUGUCCAGUCUCAAUUGGAGAAGCUCAUUGGCCAAAACUACUACCUCAACAAGUCGGCCAAGGAAGGAUACCGCUCGUACCUCCAGGCGUACGCUUCUCACUCCCUCCGCUCCGUGUUUGAUGUGAACAAGUUGGACCUGGUCAAGGUCAGCAAGGGCUUCGGCUUCAACACCCCGCCACGGAUUGAUAUCCAGCUGGGUGCUAGCAUGAGCCGCGAUAAGAGACAGGACCAGCAAGGCCGCCGCACAUACGGCAGCCAGCCUAAGGGCAGCUUCAACCGGAAGCGCGACGAUUAA